CUUGUGAACGUCUCCAGCUGGCUUCGCUUAUACGCGCCUCUCUCAAGAGGGCGUAUAUAAAUUGCAGUGGCCACGGUAGCUAUCAGCACACGCUCGCAUAGAUAUUAGCAAAGUGCCCCCGUACCCUACUUUCUGUAACUUACCGAUUCAGAACUUACCGUGAACCAUGAUUCGUUUUGUGGCUUGCCUUCUCCUAUGUGGCUUGGCCGCUGCACAACGCAGGGACAUUAUCUACGAAGACUGCGGCAGUCAGGCGAAGAUCCUCUCGGCCCAAAUAGAGCCGUGCGACUCCGACCCCUGCGUCUUGAAGCGUGGCACGAAGCCCAAGGUGUACUUCACGGUUACCUCUGAUCAGGACACCGAGAAGGCCACGCUGGAUGCUACAAUCGGCGUGUUCGGCCUCGAAAUUUCGGUGCCCGGCCUGGAUAAGGACCUGUGCGAGAACAUGGUGAAGUGUCCCAUUAGCAAGGGCCAGACCUACUCCGGCGUCAUGGAAGUUUUCGUGCCGCUAUUCGCACCAGCCAUGAAGACUCACGUCUCACUCAAGGUGGUCGGUGACAAGGGCGUUAGGUCUGCGCUAAGACACCUAUUAUGGUUGAGUAACACCAAACUACCUGGCUUUUCUCCCACACUGGAGGUCUAUGCCCGGGCUGAGGAGCUGUGCCUGCUGGGGUCAUGGGCUAUACAGCAUGACCGAGUGCUCCCUGGAAGCCUGCUAUGCUACCCCAUGCCUGAACGACUGCCACCCACAGAAGGGAGCUCAGUGUGA